GCUGAUUAUUUACCAGAAAUCACCAGUGACUCAGUUCGUUCUGUAGAUUUCACGGAAGAACUCUUGCAUGAAUGUGAGACUAUUUGGAAGCAGAUGGAAGAGUGUCAGAGCAAGCUAAUGCUUCUAGGAACAGAAGCACCGCUAAAAUCAGAUGCCAAGCUUUCCUUGUUAAUGAUGAGAAUGAAAACUUUAAUAGCAGAAUAUAAUCAAUGGCAAAAAAGAAGUCCUGAAAUAAUUUCUACCAAUCCAGAUGUACUGUUAGCAUUAGGAAAAGAAGAGUUGCAGAAAGUAGAGGAUGAUCUUGAAAUGGUCCUGUUAACAGUUCAAUCAAAGAAUAAACAAGUGGAAGAAGAUCUGAAAAGAGAACAGCAGUGGCAUGAGGAACAGGAGCAGGUACUAGAUACUCUUAAUGGAAUUGAAGAACAGACAAAAACCCAAGUUGGAAAACUUUCCCAAAAAAGUUUGAAGAAUAAAGCAUUGCAUGAACUGGAAGAUGAACUCUUGAAACUGAAGAAUUAUAAGGAAGAACUCUUGAAUGCUCUGGCUGAAUUCCUAGAAAAACAUUUUCCUUUUCCAGGUAGAAGUGCUAAAAAGAAGAAUUCUUCUGAAGAGCCAGCUGUAGAACUGAUAUCACUGCAGGAUAUUAUAGAGAUUCUUGUAAACAAAUCAGUAAAUACACCAUACGAACCCUAUGUAACAAUCAAUGACUCAUUUUGGCCACCUUACAUUGAGCUGCUGCUGCGAUAUGGAAUUGCCUUGAGACAUCCAGAAGAUCCAAAGAGAAUGCGCCUAGAAGCCUUUCACAUGUAG